AGAUCCCAGAUGGCCAGUCUGCCCAUGGAGGUCAAUGCCCUAGAGGUGUCUGUCUGUAACAUGUCACUGCCAUGGUCAUAAUUAGAAGAAUAGAACAUCCUACUACUUCCUUACUUUAUAUUCUUCGCAACGCCAUUGGCUGUUGGGGAUUUCACGCCUACAUGCGUCCAAAGGUCGUGGAGAGUUGUGGACUGGAGGUGUUGCAAUAACCUGUUACUUUCUUAAACAGCACGGUCAAGAAGGAGACACCUUUUAUUGACAAUCACAAAGAAGUAGACCUUAACUUUCAACAUGUACGUGUUAUUAUAUACCAUUUUGGCAGGAUUGGCUAUACUGCCACUCUUCCUUUAUCUCAGAAAUCCUUAUUUUACGCAGGAGCUGCGCUACACAGUAACUUGCAUCUUACUCGGGUUACGAAUUAACAGAAUCAAGAGGAGCAAACCGUUCUACAGCAUGCUGGACUGUUUUCUCGAUAAGGUCAAAAAACACCCCAACAAACAGUUUAUUGUAUUCGAGAAGAGUUCGUAUACAUACCGGGACGUUGACAAGCAGAGCAACAAGUUGGCCCGGGCGCUCUCACAGCACGCCAGCGUGAAGGAAGGGGACACUGUCGCCCUCUUCAUGGGUAACGAGCCCAUGUAUGUGUUUAUUUGGCUGGCCCUGGCUAAACUUGGAUGUACAGCCGCUCUGCUCAACUACAACAUCAGGUCCAAGUCCUUAUUGCACUGUUUCACCUGCUGUGGAACCAACGUGCUCCUGGCUGCUUCAGAGUUGCGUGGAGCGGUAGAGGAGGUUCUCCCCACUCUGAGGGAGCAGAGUGUACGUGUGUUUGUGCUGGGUGAGGAGGAGGAGAAGUGUGUGACGGAGGGAGUGAAUACUCUGAGCAGCAGCAGGAUACAGCAGGCCUCAGAUCAACCUCUGGAUGCACAGCUCAGGUCAAAGGUCACCUUAAAGAGCCCUGCCCUCUACAUCUAUACGUCAGGAACUACAGGUCUGCCGAAGGCUGCGGUGAUCACACAGGAGAGGCUGUACAUGGCCUCCUCUAUGCAGGCCAUCUCAGGUGUGGCCUCUGAUGAUGUCAUCUACAUCUACCUGCCUCUCUACCACACCGCCGGCUUCAUGAUGGGUUUGACUGGAGCUAUAGAGAGAGGCAACACCGUUGUCCUGAGGCGUAAAUUCUCUGCCUCUAACUUCUGGGAUGACUGCAGGAAACACAAGGUGACAGUGAUCCAGUACAUAGGAGAGAUCAUGAGGUACCUCUGUAACUCUCCCAAGAAAGAUAAUGACAGGCAUCACAAGGUACGUCUGGCCCUGGGUAACGGGCUUAGAGCAGACACCUGGUCAGAGUUCCUGCAGCGUUUUGGUGACAUCCGUGUCUGUGAAUGUUACGGCGCCACAGAGGGAAACGUCGGCUUCAUCAACUACAUCGGGAAAGUCGGAGCGAUUGGCAAAGAGCACUUCCUUCAUAAAGCAAACUUCUCCUACGUUCUGAUUCAGUAUGACACAGAGAGAGAGGAACCUGUCAAAGACUCUAGAGGUUUCUGUAUCAAAGUCCCUAAAGGAGAAACUGGAUUGCUGGUUGCCAAGAUUACAGCGCAGGCUCCGUUUAGUGGCUAUGCUAAUAACCAGCAGCAGACAGACAGGAAGAAGCUGAGAGAUGUGUUUGUUAAGGGAGAUCUGUACUUCAACAGUGGAGACCUGCUGAGGAUCGACCACGAGGGCUUUGUUUACUUCAUGGACCGCAUCGGAGACACCUUCAGGUGGAAAGGAGAGAACGUGGCCACCACGGAGGUGACUGAGCACCUGAUCAUGGUGGAAUGUAUCGAAGAAGCCAACGUCUACGGUGUCAAGAUUCCAGGACACGAGGGGAGGGUUGGAAUGGCAACGAUCAAACUGAAAGAUGACAUGGAGUUUGACAGUAAAGCCACGCUGGAGCACGUCAAGACCUCCCUGCCCAGCUACGCUCGACCACGAUUCAUACGCAUACAGAAUUCCCUGGCUGUGACUGGAACGUUCAAACAUAUGAAGGUGAAGCUAGCUGAAGAGGGAUUCAACCCAGCCAUGAUGCAGGAUCGAUUAUACUACCUGGAGGACAGUAAGGGAUACAUCCCCAUGACACAGGAGAUGUACCACUCUAUUUCUGAUGGAAAGAUACACUUAUGAUUGAUUUUUUUAUUUACAUAUUUUCUAACUGUUAAUCUCUUAUUUUAAAAUUAACUGUCAAAUUAUUCAUCCGAUGUACAUUUUAUGACUAUAGAAAAACAAUGUGAAAAUUGAAAACUGUAUGGAACAUUUGUAAAUAAAUAAAUAUAGAUUGAUUUUCUAAUAAAUACAAAAAACACAUUGUAUAUCUAUCUGA